CAAAAAAUUUAUUGCCAUAUCUUGGACCCAACAAAAUGAGAGAUUGUUUCUGUACCAUAAAUUUGGACCAGGAAGAAGUUUAUCGUACUCAAGUUGUUGAAAAAUCUUUAAGCCCAUUUUUCAGUGAAGAAUUUUACUUUGAGAUUCCAAGAACGUUCCAGUAUUUGUCUUUCUAUGUUUAUGAUAAGAAUGUUUUACAAAGAGACCUUCGUAUAGGAAAAGUAGCCAUCAAAAAAGAAGACUUGUGUAACCACAAUGGCAGAGAAACUUGGUUUUCACUGCAACCUGUUGAUUCUAAUUCUGAAGUCCAGGGUAAAGUUCACCUUGAAUUAAAACUGAAUGAACUGAUAACAGAGAAUGGGACUGUGUGCCAGCAACUUGUUGUACACAUCAAGGACUGCCAUGGGUUGCCUCUCAUAAAUGGACAAAGCUGUGACUCUUAUGCCACUGUUUCUCUCGUAGGCCCCUCAAGAUCCAGCAGUUAUACUAGGAAGUCCCAGUUCCAGGUGGAAGAGGAGGACAUUGAAAAACUAGAAAUUAGGAUUGAUUUGUGGAACAACGGCAACCUGGUCCAAGAUGUGUUCCUAGGUGAGAUUAAGGUUCCCGUGAAUGUAUUGAGAAACUCUUCUCAUCAAGCCUGGUACUUGCUACAGCCGAGAGACAAUGGGAACAAGCCAUCUAAAACCGAUGACCUGGGGUCUCUUCGGCUGAAUAUAUGUUACACAGAAGACUAUGUGCUCCCUUCAGAGUACUACGGGCCUUUGAAAACUUUGCUGCUAAAAUCACCAGAUAUUCAGCCAAUAUCUGCCUCAGCUGCUUACAUUUUGAGUGAAAUCUGUCGAGAUAAAAAUGACGCCGUUUUGCCCCUCGUACGAUUGCUGCUGCAUCACGAUAAACUUGUUCCUUUUGCCGCCGCAGUGGCAGAAUUAGACUUGAAGGAUACACAAGACGCGAACACAAUUUUUAGAGGAAACUCCUUGGCUACCCGAUGUCUGGAUGAGAUGAUGAAGAUAGUGGGAGGGCACUACCUGAAAGUAACGUUGAAGCCGAUUCUAGACGAGAUAUGUGAAUCCUCAAAAUCCUGUGAAAUCGAUCCUAUUAAAUUAAAAGAGGGAGAUAAUGUAGAAAAUAAUAAGGAGAACCUGCGCUACUAUGUGGACAAGUUAUUCAGCACAAUCGUGAAAUCCAGUAUGAGCUGCCCCACCGUCAUGUGCGACAUCUUUUAUUCGCUAAGGCAGAUGGCUACCCAGAGGUUUCCCAAUGACCCUCAUGUCCAAUACUCUGCCGUGAGCAGCUUUGUGUUUCUCCGUUUCUUUGCUGUAGCCGUAGUAUCACCUCAUACUUUUCAUUUGCGACCUCAUCAUCCAGAUGCACAGACAAUUAGAACAUUAACUCUCAUCUCAAAAACCAUUCAAACUUUGGGAAGCUGGGGAAGUCUGUCCAAAAGCAAGUCAAGUUUCAAGGAGACAUUUAUGUGUGAAUUUUUCAAAAUGUUUCAAGAAGAAGGAUAUAUUAUAGCAGUGAAAAAGUUCCUGGAUGAAAUUUCAUCUACUGAAACUAAAGAGUCCAGUGGUACGAGUGAGCCCGUGCACCUGAAAGAAGGUGAGAUGUAUAAAAGAGCUCAGGGAAGAACUCGGAUUGGAAAAAAGAAUUUCAAGAAACGGUGGUUCUGCUUGACCAGCAGAGAGCUCACCUACCACAAGCAGCCAGGCAAAGAUGCGAUUUAUACAAUUCCAGUAAAAAACAUUCUUGCUGUGGAAAAACUAGAAGAGAGCUCUUUCAACAAGAAAAACAUGUUCCAGGUCAUACAUACAGAGAAGCCACUCUAUGUCCAGGCAAAUAACUGCGUGGAAGCCAAUGAGUGGAUAGACGCGCUCUGCAGGGUGAGCCGCUGCAACCAGAACAGGCUGAGCGUGUACCACCCCUCGGCGUAUGUGAACGGAGCCUGGCUCUGCUGCCAGGAGACCAGUGAGAACACCCUCGGGUGCACGCCGUGUACUGCGUAAGUCCUUUGUGGUUAA